AUGCGUUACAACCCUCGCCUGACACUGUCUGGCGGCGCAGGCGCAAGAUGGGUCUUGCUACUCCUGUUGCUAUCGAACCCAGCCGCUGUUCUAGCAAAAUGUGCUUCAGAUUACUUCGUUCGCUCCCUUCCGGGCCAGCCCGAGGGCCCUCUACUCAAGAUGCACGCUGGGCACGUCGAGGUCGAUUCUGAACACAAGGGGAACCUAUUCUUUUGGCAUUACCAAAACCGCCAUAUAGCAAACCGCCAGAGAACAGUAAUAUGGCUGAACGGUGGUCCUGGCUGCAGUUCGAUGGAUGGCGCUCUGAUGGAAGUCGGUCCUUAUCGACUAAAGGACGACCAUACUCUGAUUUAUAAUGAGGGCUCAUGGGAUGAGUUUGCCAAUCUUCUAUUUGUCGACCAGCCAGUUGGUACCGGAUUCAGCUAUGUCAGCACGGAUAGCUAUGUCAAUGAGUUAGGCCCGAUGGCUGAACAGUUCGUUGUGUUCCUGGAUCGUUGGUUUAAAUUAUUUCCCGAGUAUGAGAAUGACGACAUUUAUCUCGCCGGCGAAUCAUAUGCGGGUCAAUAUAUCCCUUAUAUAGCCGAGGCCAUCGUUCAGCGUAACAAGAAGCUAGCUGCCAACGAGACUGCCUGGAAUGUGGAAGGCCUCAUCAUUGGAAACGGGUGGAUUUCUCCACAUGAGCAAUAUCGUGCAUAUUUAACAUAUUCUUAUAAAGAGGGCAUUUUGGAUAAGGCGUCCGACGAAGCUCAGGCCGUGGAAACUCAACAGACACAAUGUUUGUCCAAACUCAACGAAGCGGGCAAAUUCGGAGUCCAUAUCGACGAAUGCGAAAAGGUGAUGAAUAUGAUCCUUGACACUACAAAAACUGACGGGAAGUGUCUCAACAUGUACGAUAUCAGACUUGAGGACACAUCCGAUUCAUGCGGCAUGAAUUGGCCACCAGAUAUAUCCAGUGUUACCUCAUAUCUUCGUCGAGAAGAUGUUGUGAAGGCAUUGAAUAUCGAUGAGGAUAAGACGACAGGUUGGCGCGAGUGUUCACCAGGCGUAGGGAGAAGCCUACGAGCCAAAAAGUCCGUGCCUUCUAUCCAACUACUCCCAAGCUUACUCGAGGGCGGAAUCCCAAUUCUUCUGUUUAGUGGUGACAAAGACUUGAUCUGUAACCAUAUUGGCACCGAAGAUUUAAUUCAUAACAUGAAAUGGUCCGGCGCUACGGGUUUCGAGCUAUCCCCUGGCGUUUGGGCGCCGCGUCAUGAUUGGGAGUUUGAAGGCCAUCCGGCCGGAAUAUAUCAGCAAGCCCGAAACCUGACGUAUGUCGAGUUCUACAAUGCUAGCCAUAUGGUCCCAUUUGAUUUCCCUCGGCGUUCGCGUGAUAUGCUGGACCGUUUUAUCGACGUUGAUAUCACAAGCAUUGGAGGUGAUCCAGCCGACUCCAGAAUCGAUGGCUUCAAAGGAACCCCGACAUCUGUGGGUGCUCAUCCAAACAGCACAACUGCUGAAGAACGCGAAAAAGAAAAGAUGAAAAUCGCUACAUGGCGGGCCUAUUAUAAGUCUGGCGAAGUCGCUUUGGUUGUAGUUGCGAUUGCCGCUUCUAUAUGGGGGUUCUUUAUUUGGCGGUCCAAGAGACGUGAACAGGGAGGAGAAUACCAAGGAAUCUACCCUAACCUCGAGGGCCUCAGUUCUGGCAGCCUACCAACCUUUAGGAAUAAACACCGUGGGAGAGGAGACAUUGAAUCCGCUGCUAGGCCUGACGAAGCAGAACUAGAGACUUUAUAUAACGCCGCUGAAGCGUCGGAGGCGCAUGAUGAUCGAAGGGGCAGCGCAUCCGCAGACGAAGGAAGUUGUAAUGAGGAAAAGGCAUCGCACAUACAAGGGAGAGGCUAG